AUGGCUUCCAUUCGCAUUCUCACUACCUUUGCCCUGGCUCUUGGUGUGGCAGCCAACCCUGCGCCUGCUCCUCAGCCCGAAGCUGAAGCUGGCAUUGCCGAUUCGAUUGGUCCUAUCUCCAUUAAAUUGGAAUCUUUGUCAUUCUCCUUGACUCUUCCCAAUGUGGAGCUCCCGUCCCCGCCUCCGGUCAACGCUCCCCGAGGCGUUCCCGACAUUGAUCUUCCGGCUCUUCCUACAACCCUCACCUCUCUUCCGAGUCUCAAGAUUCCCCGGGAUCUCACGGCUCCGACGCUCUCAGCUCCGACGCUUCCACCUCUGCCCACCCUUUCUGUCAAAGUAACCAUCCCGCCUACCACUAUCCCUGUGGCUGUAAAUGUUCCGGACCUGAACAUCCCUCGGGACCUCCCAGUUGCGCUUCCGCUUCUGUCGUCGAUUCUUUCCGUCUCAGUCAAGAUUGAGGCCACUGGUAUCCCCGCUAUCCCGACUCUCAACAUCCCACGAGAGAUCCCAGAGCUUCCCUCCAUCAGCAUUGAGAUCCCGGCUCUGCCCACAACUUCCGUCUCCCUCCCGGCUCGCAAGCACCCCCGGGACAUCUCGCUGUCGUUCCCCAACACUCCCCUUCCGACUCUGCCGGUGGUUAAAGUCGCUCCUCAUAGCAUUACUCUUCCCGGCGUCGGAACCCCCGAGGGCUCCGGUGCUGCCGUUGCUGGCGACAUUCUCUCAAUCACUGGUCUCCCGGCUGACAUCACCCUGCCUACCGUUGUGCCCACCACUCUGCCCAAGCUCAACCUCGAGCGCGACCUUACAACCACCAUUGAUAUCUCGGCCCUUAGCAGCCUGCUCGCCGCUCUGCCCACUGCCAUCCCGAAGUUGAACUUGGAACGCGACCUGCCUGCGGUUGAUGCCACUCUCCUCAGCUCUCUGCUCGCCGCUCUUCCCACCACCGUCUCCAAGCUGAACCUCGAGCGCGACUUGCCUACCGCCGGUGCUUCAGUUCUCAGCAGCCUCAUCGCCGCUCUGCCUACAACUAUUCCCAAGCUGAACCUCGAGCGCGCCUUGCCUACUAUUGACGGUUCGGCUCUUAGCUCUCUGCUCGCCAUUCUGCCCACCCCUCUCGCGAAGUUGAACGUCGAACGAGACAUCUCUAUCCCGCUUCCCACCGUCCCACCCGUCACCUUCUCCCUUGCUGUCCCCGUUGUUAUCCCUGCCCCCGCCGUCCCUGUGGUUGCCCGCGACGUCGUCCCGACCUCCGUCGAUCUUCCUGCGCUCCCGACUCUGCCAGCCAUCCCCUCCGUCAGCGUCAAGGGCGAGCCUAUCACCGCCAAGGUUCUGCCCCUUCGCGCCCUCUCGGUCCUUCCUAUCAAUCCUACCACCUUAAUCUCAUUGCUCCCCGUCCCGACCGGAAUCCUCUCCUGCUCUACCGUCAAAUGCAUCCCCGACUACUUCUGCGAGGAAAAGAACGGUGCACCGAUCUGUGUGCCGGGCUCUCCUCCUAAGGCCCCUGUGGCCUAG